AUGCGUCGGGCUCUCACUCGUCACCACUCCCGGCCCUCACCCGUGCUGCGUCCUCGACAGACACCCACCCGCCGAACCCCUCCUCCGGCAGCCGACGACGUCUACGUCAGCCCACCACAAGACCGCGUCCACCAAACCACAUCUGCACCUGCCCAGGCUGCGCAGGCCAGCAACGACUCCUUCCACAGCCUGCCAGCAGACACGGCCUCGGACGCGGAGGACCGACGGAGCAAGAAGCACACCACAGCCGGCGAGCCGGCAGAGGAGACGACCGCCGAGUCUGCAGCAGCGAUGACGCGCACACGAUCGGCCACCACGGGCGACCUGUCCCUCGACAUGCUGCCCACCAUCCGCUUCUCGGCACACUACGACCCGCGGUCCACGCGCCAGUCGCUGGCCUUCACGCCGCUCGCCCGCACGCUGCCCACCGGCAAGGAGGUCAUCAAGGUCGGCCGCUACUCGGAGAGGGAGCAGCAGCAGCAGCACGUCCCGGCCAAUGCCCCGUCGGCGGCCCCCGUAGGCUUUAAGAGCAAGGUCGUCAGCAGGAGGCACUGCGAGUUCUGGCACGAGAACGGCAAGUGGUACAUCCGCGACGUCAAGAGCUCGUCCGGCACCUUUCUCAACCACAUCCGCCUCAGCCCUCCUGGCAAUGAAUCUAAGCCGUACAUUGUCAACGACGGCGACAUUGUGCAGCUGGGCAUCGACUUCCGCGGCGGCGAGGAGAUGAUCUUCCGCUGUGUCAAGAUGCGGAUCGAGCUCAACCGGGGAUGGCAAGCAAAGCCCAACAAUUUCAAGCAAGUCGCCCUCCUUCCCACUUCCUAA